AUGGCCACUGCUGAGGUUGCAAGCCGGCCGCCUGAGCGGCCAAUGAAGCGCAAGCCGUUCGCGAACUUCAUCAGGAAGCUUGGGAUCAAGGGAAGUGACCAGCAUGAGAAGGCAAACAACAGCAAGAAGUCCAAUGGCGGGGGCAUCGCCUUGAAGAGCAAGAAGAACGCGCCUGGCAAGAACAACCCAUACCCCGAGUCUGGCCAGCUUCCACAGCAACAGGCAAGCCAGCCUUCCUUUGGCGACUCUUCGCGACACCACUACAGCAGUUCGUUCGCUUCGUUGCCUCCCAGCGCUGGACAGGACCGCGACGGACCGAGUCACAGCAACAAGAGCGGGGCGCCAACUCUGGCCACCAACCCAGAGACGAUCCACAGCGAUGCUGGUCAUAGUAGAGCGGCGACAACCACCACAGGCGCCGGUGCUCUCAGUAGCAUGGAUGGUGCCGGCGCAAACAGCACCUUCAGCUCGCCCAACCAGAGCGAGCACUCCCUAGCCACCACUUUGACUACGAUCCAGUCCACUUCGAAUCCAGCUCCGGCCGGCACGAACGGGGUUUCUGGUCACAACAGCGCCCACAACCAUCAGAGCCAGCCCAUGGGCAGCAACUUCAGCCAUCAGUAUCCUGUCUCGCCCUCGCAUUCAGCUUCGAUGGCCUCAGCCAUUCCACGCCACUUGCAAGGCGAAAACCCGCCCAACACAUACAACUCAGCGACCGCCAACAACCUGCUCACCGACAACGCCAGCAUCCUGACACUGGCCUCCUCAUCUAAGCGCCGCAGGAGAAGCAUGGACACGGACGCGUCAGUCCGCGCUCUGGCGCCAAGCUCGGUCUUUGGCGGCAGCCGCGAAUCCCUCCCUCUGAGCGUCCUGAGCGGCAACGUCGGCUCCAGCAGCGAGGCACCACCACGACACUCCGUCACGGGUGCCGCUGCCGAACGAGCAAGCGUCUACUCCUCGUCCGGCCUAGUCCGCGACAACUUCGUCUCCUCCGCCCUCACCAGCGAGCGCAACUCCUACUACGCCAAACCCGCCCAAGCCAGCGACGCCAAAUCCCUCCGCUCCAUCUCCAACCUCAAGCGCGACGAAGACAAAGCCUCCAUCACCGGCGUCUACGCCCGCUCAGAUUACGGCGACGCCAAAUCCCUCAAUGCCGGCGGAGGAGACGUGGCGAGUCUGAGGAGCGUCGGGGUGGGCAAUACGGAGGGCCAUGCGCGGAAUGGUAGUAUCCCCGGCAGCAUUGGCAGUCCCGUCAAUACCCCUUCCCUCCUCCGCCAGACGAGCACGGGCGGGACGGCGUUGAGUGUGAGUCGGAGGAGCAGUGAUUGGAGAGAGUUGGACGCCGAUGGGACGACGGAGGUGGAUUUGAAUGGCGUGGAGGAUGUGAAGAAGGAAUGA